AUGACCGCGUCUGAGCAAAAGAAGGCCCAAUCAGCAAUGAUGAUACUUGCGGAAAAGCAAUUCGAAAAGAAAACUAAAGGUCGCCUAGUAUACCAAGGCGAUGGAACUCGUGAAUGGUUAUCGCAAGAGGACGCUGCAAGUCCAAAAGCUUCACAAGAAGCAAUCACCACUACUUGUGUUAUUGAUGCACACGAAGGUAGAGAUGUAAUGACGAUGGAUAUAAUGAUGAUGGACGUGUCCAACGCUUUCAUUCAAACUUAUAUGCCUGAAGCUAAGGAAGGAGAAGAUCGCUUCUACAUGAAAAUCACUGGCAUGAUGGUCCAGAUAUCGAUUGACAUGGCCCCAGAGUAUCGCGAAUACGUUGUAUUGGAGAACGGAAAGCGAGUAGUCUAUGUGCGGGUACUAUGUGCUAUUUGUGGGAUGUUACAAUCAAGCCUCCUAUUCUAUAAUCAGUUUCAAAGUGAUUUAGAGGCAAAGAAAUUUGUUUUCAAUCCGUAUGACCAGUGUGUUUCUAACAAAGUUGUUAAUGAAAAACAGCAAACUAUCAGAUUUCAUGUUGAUGAUCUUAUGUCAAGUCACAUGGAUCCAAAAGUAAAUGACAAAUUUGCUGAGUGGUUGAACAUGAGAUAUGGUUCAAUCCAGGCACGUAAAAUCGUCAGAGGAAAGAUACACAGAUAUCUUGGAAUGACUUUGGAUUUCUCGGUGAAAGGAAAACUCAAAAUCCGCAUGGACGACUAUGUCAAGAACAUGUUGGAAGAUUUUCCUGUCAAGUUCAACAAGGAUUCAAAGCAGGAAACACCAGCUGGUAAGGAUUUACUGGAAGCUGGUAAAGGGAAGUUACUCAGUGCUGAGUACCGCCAGAUCUUUCAUACUACUGUUGCAAGGGGACUUUAUGUCUCUAAGAGAGCUCGUUUGGAUAUCCAUCCAACAAUUACUAUUCUUGCCUCAAGAGUUUGA